CCUCUCUUCCAUUGCCUUUGCUCCAUUUCCCUCGUCUUUCUCGUCUCUCUCUUUUUCAUCUCUCGUUUCUCACUCUCUCUCUCUCUCUCUCUCUCUCUCUCUCUCUCUUGUCUUGACCUUGAAUAACAGUCAAAAAGUUUUAGCCGUCGAUCAUUGUUCAUUAAAAAAUUAUUAACAAAAAAAGUUUGAAAUAUGUAUGUACAAAGUACAUGCAUGGACAGGAAGCCGCACGCGCGCACACACAGGGGCGGAGGGAUGGGGUGGGGGUGUUCGACACCUCUCCCGUACCCACCCCGCCAGACUAAACAUCAUGACUGUGAUAAUAAAUUUGUUAUUUUGGAUUAAUUAACGAGUUUAUUCGAAGCUAAGUUCCCAUUAGUAAAUUCCUUACUGUAACUCUUAGUUUCCAGGGAAAUAUCGCUGGCGCUUAGAGUUAAGUAUCUAAUACUCGAAAAGCGCGGUAAAAGAACACGUGGCAAGAUUUAUGUAUAUAUUUGUGAUAUUGCUAUCUAUACACGUUUAAUGAGAAUUAUUAAUUUAAUUUUAUCUGCUUUAACCGAAUUUGUUAGAUAACAAACAUGUGAUCUGGUUUCAAUAAAAUUGAAUUUUAUAUUUGCAUAUGUUGAUUGUGGCUCGGGAUAAUUUUUGCAAGUCCGAAUAAAUGUUUUAAAUGCUGAGAUGGCACAACGAUUAAGCAACAAAGCAAAACUUAAAUCGCUUAUCACUGUGACAAGCAGUGCCGUUGCUUUGUUUGGUGGUAUUUCAUUCUAUCAGGGCAACGAAAAAUUUUACAACGAAAUAGUUAUUCCGCUAGCUCAGUUGAUAGAUCCAGAAAUUGCCCACAAUCUUGCAGUGAAAUCUCUAAAAUGGGGUUUUGUGCCGAAGCAGACAACAGAAGAUCCCAGUUUACUUCAAACUACUGUGCUGGGUUUGCAGUUUAAAAAUCCAAUUGGUAUGGCUGCAGGAUUCGAUAAACAAGGAGAGGCAGUAAAAGGAUUGCAUAAGAUUGGCUUUAGUUUUGUAGAAAUAGGAUCUGUGACACCUAAAGCACAGCCUGGUAAUCCAAAACCCAGAGUGUUUAGACUACCGGAGGAUAAUGCAAUUGUAAAUAGAUAUGGCUUUAACAGUGAUGGUCAUGAUGUUGUUUGGGAACACCUUAAGAAACUGAAAGAGAUUAAUUUUGAUGGUAUUAUUGGAGUGAAUUUAGGAAAAAACAAAGAGACAAAAGAUACAGUCCAAGAUUACAUUGAUGGCAUAAAAAGAUUUAUGGAUGUGGCAGAUUACUUUGUGAUCAAUAUAUCUAGUCCUAAUACUCCAGGUUUAAGAUCCUUGCAAAAAAAGAAGAAUUUAGAGGAAUUACUGACCAGAAUAAAUGCAGUGAGAGAAUUGAUUGGUAGCAAACAACCAUUGCUUUUAAAGCUGGCACCAGAUUUGUCAGAUACUGAACGACAAGAUGUAGCAGAUGUAAUUUUAAAAAAGAAAUCUAAAGUUGAUGGUUUAAUUUUGUGCAAUACAACAAUUACACGACCGCAUUUGAGUAAUCCAAAUAAGGAAGAAAGUGGCGGUCUCAGUGGUGCACCUCUUGCAGAUAUUUCUACCGCUAUUAUUUCUGACAUGUAUAGACGAACGCAUGGCAGCAUCCCAAUUAUUGGUGUAGGUGGUAUCUUUUCUGGUGCUGAUGCUUAUGUCAAAAUAAAAGCUGGUGCUUCCUUAGUACAACUUUAUACUUCGUAUGUGUAUAAUGGACCACCAAUAGUAGGCAAAAUAAAAAAGGAAUUAUGUGAGAUACUUGAAACUAAUGGUUUUUCUUCUGUGGCUGAUGUGGUUGGAUACCAAGAAUAGAUAAAUAUAUCUUAUUGAAAAAUAUCCUAACAACACAAUAUACAACCGAAUAACACUUACAAAUCUACUGGAACAAGCAUAAGAGAAAAAUAGUAAGCAAGAAUAUGAAGCCGAAAUCAAAGAAGAUGAAACUAGAAUAAAGGAUAUAGAUGAAUAUUCUGAAUUGAGCAAUGAUUCAUCUGAUGAGAGUGAGAAAGGAGAAGAUAAAUUGCGGAUAAAUUACAUAUUCAAGAAUGUGGAUUUUUCUGGGACGAUAAAGCAAACUUAGGAAACAUCUGGCGAUGAUGAACCUAAAGAAGAACCUAAGCGAAAAAAGAAAUUAAGCGCAGCCGAGCGUCGAGAGCAGGAAUCGUCAGCGAGAGGAAGCUUCGACGAGUAAUAAAAUACCUAACUCGACGGAUCAAUUCAACAAAUUAGUUUUAUCAACAGUUCCUUAGUCUGAUUAUAAUAUAUAGCGUAUCAUUUCGACCAAUAAAAAGGAACACGCUCCAUGGCCAGACCUCUAGUCAAUGCGACAAUUUUAUAUAGACUUUAAAAUAAAAAAAAAAUUACAUUUUAUCUUUUUGUUUAUAUUAUAUUAAAUUAUAAUUAAUUUUGUGAAAAAUUUUCGGAAUUUUCAUCAUAUUUUCAAGAUAUUUAAGGAAAAAUAACACAUAAAUGAAAAAGAAUAAUAAGAUAUAAUGCAAUGUGUAUGUAUAUAUGUACACAACUAUUUUUUUGAACAUCCAAGGA